ACCGGAUCAAUCGGAAACUGCAAACAAUGCAACAAAAAACCCCACACCAAGCCCUCCUUCUCAUUCCAAAAAUGGUGAAACUCCCGCCAUUAAAAGCUUUCUGGCUCUUCAAUUCCUCAAUUCAUCGAGGCAUUAACCCUUCUCAUCAAUCAAUUUCCUUCAUUCUGCACCACCUCCUUAACUCCAACUUACUAUCCCAAACUCAAUCUCUCCUUCUCCAAUUGCUCUGUAAUCGAAUCUCCUCUCCGUUCUUCACUAUUUCAUCUCUCCUCCACUAUCUAACACAGCCCACCUCCAAUUCAAACUCAACAAUCAGUACGCUUCUUUACGAAUCAAUUAUCAUUGCUUAUGUUCAAUCUGACUCAACAGAGCAAGCUGUGUUUUAUUUUAAUCAAAUGAUUGAUAAUGGCCUUAUCCCUAGACCAAAUACUUUCAAUACUCUUUUGAAUUCUCUUGUUAAAUCAAGUUGUUUUGAGAAAUCUUUGUUAUUUUUUGAUGAAGCAAAGGAGAAGAAGGUUAAAUUGGAUGUCUAUAGUUAUGGGAUAUUGAUAAAGGCUUGUUGCGGUUUUGGUGAUCUGAAUAGAGGUUUUGAGUUAUUGACUCAAUUAGAGGAGAUGGGUUUUUCUCCAAAUGUCGUUAUAUAUACUACUCUAAUUGAUGGUUGUUGUAAAAAUGGUGAUAUUGAAAGAGCAAAAGUGUUGUUUGAUAAAAUGGGAGAAAUGGGUUUGGCUGCUAAUCAGUAUACUUACACUGUUUUGAUUAAUGGGUUUUUUAAAAAGGGACUGAAAAAAGAUGGGUUUGAGUUAUAUGAGAAGAUGCAGCUUGAUGGGGUAUCUCCUAAUUUGUAUACUUACAAUAGUAUUAUCAGCGAGUAUUGCAAUGAAGGGGAAAUAUAUAAAGCAUAUGAACUGUUCGAUGAAAUGUGUAAUAGAGGUGUGACGCGUAAUGCUGUUACUUACAAUACUUUGAUUCGUGGCUUGUGUAAAGAGAUGAGGGUUUGGGAGGCUGAGAAAUUCGUGGAUCAAAUGAAGAAAGCUUGCAUUAGUCCAAAUUUAGUUACAUAUAACACACUAAUACAUGGGUUUUGUAGUGUACAGAGGUUGGAUAAGGCGUUAAGUUUUUUCAACCAAUUGAAGUCAAAUGGGUUAUCUCCAUCUUUGGUAACCUAUAAUGUUCUGAUUGAAGGAUAUUCUGAUGCUGGAAACUGGGUGGCUGUCACCAAUUUAGCAAAGGAGAUGGAGGAGAGAGGCAUUUCUCCUUCCAAAGUGACAUAUACGAUUUUAAUAAAAGCGCAUGUGCGGCUUGAAGACAUGGAGAAAGCAUUUCACUUCUUUUCCUCAAUGGAGAAGGUUGGCUUGGUACCUGACGUGCAUACCUAUGGUGUUAUAUUACAUGGGUUGUGCAUGAAAGGUAAAAUGAACGAAGCUUCAAAACUAUUUAGAUCAAUGAGUGAAAUGAAGUUGGAGCCUAAUGAUGUUAUAUACAAUACAAUGAUUAAUGGUUAUUGUAAAGAAGGCAACUCCUUUAGGGCCUUGAGGUUUCUCCAAGAAAUGGAGGAUAAGGGAUUGGUUCCAAAUGUGGCUAGCUAUAGUUCUAGCAUUGGAGUUCUGUGCAAAGAUGGUAAGUGGCAAGAAGCUGGUGUUUUGCUAAACAAGAUGAUAGAGUCGGGAUUAAAACCAUCAGUUUCCAUUUAUAACAUAAUCUCUGAAGCCAAAUACGGUACAGUGUUGAGGACGUGACACUCUGGUUGGAUGUAGAGUGGAAAACAAGAAAUGGAGUCAUACUAUUAAAAAGGCUCUCUUUUGACUUCAGUUGACAGCUUAAAGCUGUAAAUUUCUGAUGUGCAGACAUAGAGAUUCUGUGGAAGAGUUAAAUACUGCUUAAUCACUUGAGCUUGCACUUCAGUUGGUAUGGCAUUGAUGCAUGCAUAAUUGGAGAUCUUUCCUGUGCUGUUUUGGAUCAAGCAUUCCGCAAGGCCUUCAAUCUUGAGAACUUAUGAAGACUAGCUCAAGAUUAUUAAUUAGAUUCUCAAUUAAAAAUAUUUUGGAUUAAGUACUCCAGUUAAUGUGGAAUAUUGCAAGUCUGGAUUCCAUGUCUGCAAUUUUUUUAAGAAAUUGCUGAAGUUAUGGAAAUUAUUUGACAAAUAUCAAACUUCUAUUCCCGUAAAAGUUAUGAAAAUUCAUUGUAAAUGUAUUUCUUUUA